CUCUUAUUUACUUUGAAGUAAACAAAACUCGCAUAAAGACUCCAUAAAUUUUAUUUUGUAAUUUUUAAAUUUUAUAACAAAUUGAAUGUGUACAAAAUGGGACUGUCUAAAAAUGCAGAAAAAAAGAUUCAUCGUAAAAUCAAACGGUGUCAGUUUCUGAUAGAGCGCGAAAUUAAUUUAAAAUUUAGUGAUGCACCAACGGAGUGCAUAAUAGUUUGCAAUGCUGGGUUGUCAACCGGUCUACAGCAGGAGAUGCUCCUGGAGGAGAUACUUCAGUGUGGUAAGGCGAACGUAGAAGACAUCUUGUUUCCAGCUGGUAAGUCCUAUUGCUUUCUCCGGUUUGGAUCACCGCAGCAAUCCCGAACCGUUUACGAGUCCAUGAAUGGGGUGGCAACUCUUGGUCAGGAUGGAUGUGUUCUGCUACUGUCAUAUUGUGUCGGGUUUCCGGAGAAUGCAAUUGAAUCAGUGAAGGAUGUUUGUCCACCUGGGUUACUUCUGAUUCCGGACUUCGUUGACGAAAAAUUCGAAAUUGAAUUGCUAGAGUCAGUUGAUUGGGGCGAAAUGGACAACAGCCUGAAACAUCGCCGUGUCAAACACUUCGGAUAUGAGUUUCUUUAUGGAACGAAUAACGUAGACCGUACAAAACCUUUACACCGUAAAAUUCCUUCCAUUUGCGACCAGUUGUGGGUGAAAUUGAAGGAACUUCACCCAGAACUGGAAUGGCAUGUGCCGGAGCAAAUGACGGUUAAUCGAUACGAACCGGGACAAGGCAUUCCUCCACAUGUUGAUACGCACAGUGCGUUUCACGAGCCAAUCGUUUCACUCUCCCUUGGCAGUGAUAUCGUAAUGGACUUCCGUAAUAACGAAGGACGAAGCUUAAAUGUGAAUCUUCCAAGGAGAUCACUGUUAUUAAUGACCGGUGAAAGUCGGUUAGGAUGGACUCACGCUAUAACGCCUCGAAAGACAGAUACCAUUCGUUCGAAGAACGGUCUUUCGAUUCGAAAACGUGAACUUAGAAUAUCUUUUACAUUUCGUAAGCUUAAAGAUAGUCCUUGUCGGUGUCAGUUCCACUUCUUGUGUGACACCUAUCAGCAAGAAACUAAGGACAGGACUGACCAGAUUGAAGAAAACGCCGCCCAGCUGGAAUUAGAAAAUGUUCACAGAGUCUACAACGAAAUAGCAAAACACUUCAGUGAAACGAGACAUUCACCAUGGCCACGGAUUGCUAGUUUUCUUGAAUCACUGCGCCCUGGGUCGGUCUUGUUGGAUAUUGGAUGCGGUAAUGGAAAAUAUCUGGGGUUGAAUACCAACGUCAUUGGCUUGGGAUGCGAUCGAAGCGAUGGAUUAUUGAAGGUUUGCACGGAACGAGGAUUUAACGUGGUGCAAUGCGAUUGCCUUGCGUUGCCAUUCAAAUCGGGAUGUGCGGAUGCGUGCAUUUGUAUCGCCGUUAUUCACCACUUGGCAUCGUUGGAACGCCGCAAACAGGCGAUUGAGGAAAUGUGUCGGGUUCUGAGAGCUGGAGGACGGGCAUUGAUCUACGUUUGGGCCAAGAACCAGGAAGCUAAUGCCAAGAAAUCGAGUUAUCUGCGCCAGAACAAGCAAAACAAUAAAAUAUCCCGGGGCGUCCAAUUAGAAACGGUUCCGACUUCUGUAGAGCAUAGCAUGGAAGGGAACACAGGUCUACCGAUCCACACCAAUAGGACGCAGUUCCAGCAUCAGGAUGUGUUGGUGCCCUGGAAGUUGCGUGACGUGGAACGGCAGGAGAAGGAAACGAAAGUGACAUUUCUUAGAUAUUACCAUGUGUUUGAAGAGCCUGAACUGUCUGGAUUGUGUCGGGAGAUUGUUGGAAUCAGUGUGGAGGAAAGCUAUUAUGACCAAGGCAAUUGGUGUGUUAUUUUUAGAAAAGAAUAAACUUGUUCAAUAGAAUAA